AUACGUCAUUGUUAUGCGUCCAUAUUCAACAGUCAGAGGCUAGGAUCACUGCACAUGGUUUCACAAAUACGUUUCUAAUAAGGAAAUAACUUUCAGUUAGCUAAGAGUAUUAGCUUUUUAUCAAGCUACUGUGAUGUUUUGAUGUUGUAUUCUUUUUUGCGUUAACCAACUAUGUUUGCUGAAGAGGAAUGGAAUGAUACUGCUUCGGCUGGGACUUUGACUCAGUGUGGCAUUACAGACUCGGAUUCAAUCAAAGAAAAGGUAACACCAAGGACUGGCAAGAAGAGUUUGUUGAGAACUCUUCAAACUCUUGGAUCAGUACCGGACUGGACCACUUGCUCUGCUCCAAAAGGCAGUGAGAGUGAAGCUGAGGAGGCCCCACCAUCACAUCCUAAGAAAAAGAAAAAAAGAUGCAAAAAACGUAAAAGAGGUCCACUGGCUCAAAGUCCUUCAGAAGGAGGAGACAAUCAGGAUGGUGAUGACAUUCCCCAAGUUAUCAAAAAGAAAAAGAUAAGCCCUCAGGCUAAAGCCUCCAAAAAUGUAAACAGUGCAGAAUCAGUGGCAACUGAACAAGUGGAUGAAGGAACCAGAAACAGUAUUGAGAAGCCUCUCAGUCGCAAGCAGUGGAGGACUAGAAUGAAGAACAAGAGGAAGUGCAAGAAUAAAUACCAGGAGAAGAACCCCCAGGAAUCAAAAUCAGAUACAGCACAGGACUGCCCAAGCCAGGAGAAAGGACCUGACCAAAAUGACACGUCUAGCAAGCAAAAAGAAAUUGAACCUCGAAAUGUAAUUAAUGUUAAGCCUAAGAAGUCCAGAAAGGCAAAGGAAAAAGGACCAAAACAGGUAACAAAGAAAGAUAGUAGCUCUAAGCCUAUUUCUCCCUCUAAAACAGAUGAAGUGUUAUUCGUGGAGAGCUUGCCUGACACUAGCAACAUUACAAAAGAUGAUUUAGAUCAAAGUCUAACUAAGCCAUCAGACAAGACAGAGCCACUGAAGCCCUCUGACAAGAGGAAGCUGAAGGAGAAACAAAUGCGAGCUGAUAAGCUGAGGCACAUGUUGAAUAGUCAGCUUUCCAAGGGCAAAGCUGAGUCAGCAGGGGACAGAGAGGAAUCUACAGAGAAGGACACCGAAGAGGAGGAAGAUGAGGCGAUGAAGAAUGAAGGGCAGACUCUUGAUCGCUCCUCUGCUUUGCGGUCUAAAAUGGAGAAGCGCCUGGAGGCUGCCAGGUUCCGCUACAUCAACGAGGUUCUAUACACUACUUCAAGCAGCGAGGCCAAACGGAUGUUUCAGCAGGAUCCAAAGGCUUUUGAAGUCUACCAUCUUGGCUUUACCACACAAGUUCAGUAUUGGCCUGAAAAUCCGGUGGAUGCAAUAAUUUCCUUCAUUUGUCAAAAGCCGAUGACUCUCGUAGUUGCUGACUUUGGCUGUGGUGACUGCAAAAUAGCACGCAGUGUGAAAAACAAAGUCCAUAGCUUUGAUCUGGCACCCACAUGUGACCUUGUGACAGUGUGUGACAUGGCAAAAGUUCCUCUUGGUAAUGGUACUGUGGAUAUUGCGGUGUUCUGUCUCUCACUUAUGGGGACGAACCUAAAUGACUUUCUCGCAGAGGCCAACAGAGUACUGGUUAUGGGUGGAGUGCUGAAGAUUGCUGAGGUGGCAAGUCGGUUUGAGAAUGUGCGUGCCUUCGGAAGUGCACUAUCAAGUCUUGGAUUUAAGUUAACGUCUAAGGAUACAAACAACAACUAUUUCUUCCUCUUUGAGUUUGUGAAAGUUGGUGAUCCUCCUGGGAAUGUUAAAAAAGCAGGACUGACACUAAAACCCUGCAUGUACAAGAAACGAUGAGAAGGGGAUUCAAUAACAGGAGAAAAAAAGGAGAAGGAAAAGAAAUCAGCAAUAUAUAUGGUCACAUAAAAACUCCAGCGGGUCUUAUUUUUUUUUUACAUAGUACAGUUGAGGGUGAAUUGGUCAUGGUGUAAUAAAUACACCUGUGUGAUCUUUCAUUCUAAAUUAAAUUCCACACGUGACGAAGAGGCAGGACUGAAAUGGGGGAAUACACUGAACAGUAUGUCAGUUGUGCACCAGGAUCACUACCUGGUCAAAUCAAAUCAAGGGAUUAAGCAAAGUUCAUCUGGAUCUCAUUUUUCGUCUUCAUUCGAAUGUCACUCUGCAGGGAGUAAUUUUUUUUUUAUUAACAUUAAUUUUCUUUUUAAUGUUUGUGUGGUUUUGUGAUUGUAAUAUAAAUACCGGUAUGUGAAAUAAUCAUCUCAAUUCGUUUUGGACAUUUUUGGAGAAUAGUACCAUAUAAUAAAUAUGCUACCUUGUUCUA